CUCUCGUACUUCCUUCGGCUUGCACCGGCCAUGGUGUAGGUCUGCAUAUAAGUCAUAUUCCCCAAAUACGUUCUUGUCUACACCCCCGAUUAUCCCCAGAUCAUCCAGUUCCAACAUCCCCGCAAUGCGUGCUCCGUCUCCGCUCCUGCGGAGCUUGCGAUCCAAACAACCCGCCCUUCCCUCCCGCUGUCUACCCGUGCGACAACCCUCGACGAGAACGCCGUUCCUCGCCUUCUCUAGAUCUGUUGCCAGCUAUACGCAUCCUCAUCAUGCAUCCGCCAUAUCGGCUCUUCCCACAGCGGUGGACACGUCAUCCUCGGAAUUCAAGGAGAAUGCCCAGCAAAUGCAGGAGCUCCUCGACCGGAUGGCCAGUCUCCACAGCACAAUUUCCCAAGGAGGGCCGCAGAAAGCCAAGGACAAACACAUCGCAAGAGGGAAAAUGCUCCCUCGCGACAGAGUUACCGCGCUCAUUGAUCCAGGCACCUCUUUUCUGGAGCUCUCUCCACUCGCCGGCCAUGAAGUCUACUCGGACGACGUCCCAGCAGGUGGCAUCAUAACAGGAAUUGGAACGGUCGAAGGUGUCACCUGUAUGAUUGUUGCUAAUGACAGCACGGUCAAGGGAGGCACAUAUUACCCCAUUACGGUCAAGAAGCACCUCCGCGCGCAAGCAAUUGCUCAAGAAAACAAGCUUCCCUGCCUCUACCUCGUGGACUCUGGCGGUGCAAAUCUUCCCCACCAAGCAGAUGUCUUUCCAGACAAGGAACACUUCGGCCGCAUCUUCUUCAACCAGGCCCGCAUGAGUUCCUUGGGCAUUCCACAAAUCUCCGUCGUCAUGGGCCCCUGCACAGCUGGUGGAGCCUACGUCCCGGCUAUGAGCGACGAGACCAUCAUUGUCGAGAAUCAGGGUACUAUCUUUUUGGCCGGCCCUCCUCUCGUCAAAGCUGCUACAGGCGAGGAAGUUUCCGGAGAGGACCUUGGCGGCGGUCAACUCCAUAGCACAAUCUCAGGUGUAACAGACUAUCUUGCUGUUGACGAUGCGCAUGCCAUUGUUCUCGCCCGGAGGUCUAUUUCCAACCUCAACUACCCUAAAACAACUGUUUCCCCUAAGGACAUUCCCAGUGAUGCCAUCAGAGAGCCGUUGUAUGACCCAACGGAGCUCAACGGCAUCGUGGGCACCAACCUUCGGCGUCAAAUCCCUGUCCACGAAGUCAUCGCCCGUAUCGUCGAUGGCAGUGAGUUUGCCGAAUUCAAGCGGGACUACGGUGCGACGCUUGUCACCGGAUUUGCUCGUAUCUUUGGGCAUCAAGUGGGUAUUGUCGCCAACAAUGGUAUCCUGUUCUCCGAGUCCUCCCUGAAAGGAGCACACUUCAUCGAGCUCUGCGCGCAACGCAAAAUACCUCUGGUCUUCCUACAGAAUAUUUCCGGCUUCAUGGUCGGUGCAGAUGCUGAAAAGGGCGGCAUUGCAAAGAAUGGUGCAAAGCUCGUUACGGCUGUAGCCUGCGCAGACGUCCCUAAAUUUACAGUCGUAUUUGGUUCCAGCGCUGGCGCGGGUAAUUAUGGAAUGUGUGGCCGUGCGUACUCUCCGCGUCUUCUGUUCAUGUGGCCCAAUGCCAAGAUCGGUGUCAUGGGCUCGGAGCAACUCUCUGCUGUCAUGGAAGCUGUGGGGAGGACAGCUGAUCCGGACCUCAAGGCUCGGAUUGAUCGUGAAUCAGAGGCAGUCUUCUCCUCUGCACGAUUGUGGGAUGACGGCGUCAUUCCUCCCGCACAGACGAGACGGUUCCUUGGUCUGGGGCUGGCAGCUGCCGUGGGUGGAAAGGUAGAUGAUGUGCAGACCCGUUUUGGGGUGUUCCGAAUGUGAGGUGCUUUAGUUGGAAUGAAACAGGAUCUGAUAGUGGCAUAAGCGCAUCAUAUUUCAGUAAUUUGCUUCCCGGCUCUGAAAACAACUAACUGUUCUGUUGGCCUCCGCAAUGUGGCACGUUUCUUCUAAAACAGUGGUUUGUGAUUAGCUAUGGGAUGUCAUAUUGGUUCCCGAUUACGAAUAUAUAUUCGAAAAUGA